AUGGCGACGGGCGGUCCGAACUUAGAGUGCCGGAUGUACGAAGCCAAGUACCCGGAAGUGGACCAAGCCGUGAUGAUACAGGUUAAGAGCAUGGCGGACAGUGGCGCGUACGUCUCACUCCUGGAGUACAACAACAUCGAGGGAAUGAUCCUCUUCUCCGAGCUCUCUCGCCGCCGGAUACGGAGCAUCAGCAGCUUAAUCAAGGUCGGCCGGAUCGAGCCCGUCAUGGUCCUUCGUGUCGACAAGGAGAAGGGCUACAUCGAUCUCAGCAAGCGGAGAGUCUCCGAGGAGGACAUUCAGGCCUGUGAAGAGAGGUACAACAAGAGCAAGCUCGUCCAUUCCAUCAUGCGCCACGUUGCCGAGACCAUGAAUAUCGAUCUCGAGGAUCUUUACAUUCAUGUUGGUUGGCCUCUAUACAGAAAAUAUGGACAUGCUUUUGAGGCAUUCAAACUAGUUGUUAAUGAUCCAGAUUCUGUUCUUAAUUCCCUCACUCGUGAAGUUAAAGAAGUUGGUCCUGAUGGUCAGGAGGUAACUAAAGUGGUUCCUGCAUUAACAGAAGAAGUUAAAGAUUCUUUGGUAAAAAAUAUUAGGAGAAGAAUGACCCCACAGCCUUUGAAGAUUCGCGCAGAUAUUGAGAUGAAAUGUUUUCAGUUUGAUGGUGUUCUUCACAUUAAGGAAGCAAUGCGGAAAGCUGAAGCUGCUGGUAAUAAGGAUUGCCCAGUUAAAAUUAAACUUGUUGCUCCUCCAGCAUAUGUUCUUAACACUCAGACGCUUGAUAAGGAGCAAGGCAUUGCAAUUCUUGACAAAGCAAUUGCUGCUUGCACCGAGGAAAUAGAACGCCACAAGGGAAAACUGACUGUCAAGGAAGCGCCAAGAGCGGUGAGUGAAAGAGAGGAUAAACUACUUGCUGAGCAAAUGGCUAAGCUAGGACAAGCGAACGAGGAGGUCAGCGGUGAUGAAGACAGUGAAGAGGAGGAAGAUACGGGUAUGGGAGAAAUUGAUGUAGAAAACGCGGGACAUGGUAUAACAGACUGAAGAUGCUAUUCGUAUGCAAGCAAACUCAUGAGAUGAACUUUUCAUAUUGAUGCGGCUCUCUCCAUACCCGCUACCCUUUUUUUCUUAUCAAGCAUUUGAGUGGGAUGUAUACAAACCAAAAUCUUGAGUUUUACUAGGCUAUUUUUGCUAAUUAACAAAGCAUGUUCACAUUGAGUAGUUUUCCAAAUUUCUUUUACAAAAAUGGUUGAACAUUCUACUGCUGUUUGUAUUUCUAUCUCUGUUGGCAGCUUCA